AUGACCAAGCUUUACAAGCAGGAGCUGGAACAGCUUGGUGUUGACUCGCCUGAUGUUCAUCCUACUCGACUCAAGGAUCAGCUGCUUUUGUACAUUCCCAAGCUGCAAGCUAAUCACCAAGGACGAGAAGUUCUGUUGGCUGUUGAAACUGAUGUAGGUUCAAUCCUAUCAGAAGCAUCCCAUUAUGGUGAAGCGAUCCAUCUAGCAAAAGCUGCUGGGAUAAUAAGACAAGACAAGCUCUGUCAGAAGUCGAAUUUCAGCAGCUAUUUUCUUGGCAAAGACUUAGAACAGGCUGUGCCACCAUCACUGCUUCAGUUUGUAUGCAUGAUCGAACAUGGUGCAGACAUCAAGUCCCAACUCCAUCAUGGAGCAUCGAAAUCAGCCUUUCCUACAUCACAACUUCUACAGUACAACUGCUUUGCCAAAUACAAGGAAGGAACUGAUGUCCACUGGCAUUCCAAGGACUAG